AUGGCAGGACCCAACCUCGAGCUGUUCAAGUUUGGCAUGUACCUCUUCUUCCCGCUGGCCGUCAUGGUCCACUACGGCGAUCCGGAAUGGUACCACCGCCACGUACUCCCGCUAAGAGACCAGUUCUGGCCGGCCGAAGAAUCGCUCUACAAACCGCCACGCAACGCGACCGACGUCAAGGCGUCGUUGGAGGAGUUCAGGCAGAAGCGCCUGGCAAAGAGAGAGGCGAGGCUCGAGAGGGAGAGGAUCGAGGGCCUGCAGAUCGAGAACGACAAGGUCGCCGCAGAGGAGAGGAUGAAGGCCGCCGCCAACCGACUCGUAUGA